UCACAUCGUGUGGUAUGGAUCAACUCUCUCUCUCUCUCUCUCUCUCUCUCUGCUUCCAAUAACGUGGUAGAAAGGGGCGAACAGAUCAUAAAACUCAACUGAUUCAACGAAAACCUGGAAGAGGUAUCAGCACUGAACAAAUGACAUCCCGGCUUUCAAGAAGCACAGUCAACACCCAGAUUUCAGCUUCCUCUGAGCCCUUUGAAAUGCCCAAAAUUACAAAGUUCAAGAUCGGCCUAUGUCAGUUAACAGUUACUUCAAACAAGAAUGAUAACGUGGCUCAUGCUCGAAAAUUAAUCGAAGCUGCUGCCAAGCAAGGUGCAAGCCUUGUUAUGUUACCUGAAAUGUGGAACUGUCCUUAUUCGACAGAUUACUUUGAAGAAUUUGCUGAGGAUUUUGAUGAUAAGGAUGGCUCUCCGUCGUUUGCUAUGUUAUCUGAAGUUGCUCUUGGCAACGGGAUUACAAUUGUUGGUGGAUCUAUGCCAGAAAGGAGAAAAAAUCAGUUGCAUAACACCUGCUGUGUUUUUGGACCUGAUGGAAACCUCAAGGCCAAGCAUAGUAAAAUGCACCUGUUUGAUAUUAACCUUCCAGGAGAUAUUUCAUUUAAGGAGUCAGACACCUUCACAGCAGGAGAUCAACCUACCAUUGUCGACACAGAUGUGGGUCGAAUUGGAAUUGGAAUUUGCCAUGACCUACGUUUCCCUGAACUUGCGACACUAUACCAAGCGAGAGGAGCACACUUGAUAUGCUAUCCGGGGGCGUUUAACAUGAGUACGGGGGAAUUGCUGUGGGAGCUGGAGCAAAGAGCAAGGGCAGCUGAUAACCAGUUGUAUGUUGCUACUUGCUCACCAUCUCGAGAAUCCGUCGGUAGCUAUAUGAUAUGGGGACAUUCUACUGUUGUUGGACCGUCUAGCAAAAUAGUCGCCACCUCGGGGCACGAAGAGACAAUAGUGAUUGCUGUGGUUGAUUAUUCCAAAACUCGACAGCUAAGGGAGGCUCUGCCACUAGAGAAACAAAGGAGGGGAGAUGUGUACCGGUUAGUUGAUGUGCAUCAGCAGAAGCCUUGAAGUACAAGAAUUUUGAUACUUACGAAUGUGUUGAAGGUUGGCUGGUUUAAAGUUCGAGCCGAGCUCAAGAAGCUUUAUCUUCUGUUAUUGUACAAGAUCGAGUCGAGCUCAGAAAAUAAACGAGUUUGAACAUGUCUAUUAGCUCGUCUUGUUUCAUAACAAGAUCGACUCGAAUGAACAAGCCGAACUCAAGUAGCCGCGAUUCGUUUCGCAACCCCCAUUAAUUCCUAAAAAUGUGAACCAGUUCUCUCGAAGGCCUGAUUUAGCAGUAUUUUCUGACCCUUGCCUUGUGACCAAAUUGAUGCUUUUAGCAUGCAGAUUCCUUUUUCCUCCA